GUGUGAUCCUGACUUCGGAGGUGCUGAGGGAGGUUGCAGUUGUGAAGGCGGUCCUCUGCUGGGAGACCCGUAGUCCUGGGCCAGGCACGAGGAGCGGAAGAACUCUCCACUCAUGGAGGAUCCAGGAUCAGCAAUCCAUGAUUUUGAAGGACAAGAUCAGAAUGCUUCAGAGAAGGGUGUUACUAAAGAACAGAGCCCAGUAAUUGAUAAGCAUGAGGUGAAGAGUUCUGCAGGAAUACUUGGAGAUACAGGAGCUGAAGUACAGAAAAUCCUGGAAAAAUUUGGAGAAGAUGUUCACAGUAUUCUUCUUUCAAAGAGAAGAAGCAUGGAGGUGUUUACCAAAGAGUCUCUCAAGGAUAGUACCCAGAAAAUAGAAGAGCUUUGGAAAACAUACCAAAGCAAAAGGCAGAAGGUUAACAGUGAAUUUUCUGAGAAGUUUGAGACUGUGUUUGAGCAGUGGAAUCUUCAUAAGCAGGAAUUAGAGGAAGAAACAAAAGAAGUAGCUAAAAACAUUAAAAGACAACAGAAGAUUUCUAAGCUAUCUAAAGUGGGAACAAAGCAGGGACUGGCGUUGAUCAGACUGCUCUUUGAGAAGUUCUUUAUGGGUUUGGACAACUUGGAAUACAAGACUUUUCAACUUACUGUGGCAGAAAGUGAACUUAAAAAAGAAAUUUCGGUGUUUGAAAAGAAACUUACACAAGAUACUGUAAAUUGCAUCUCAGAUUCUAUAGCAAAGCAUUAAUGGAAGCACUGAAAUGUUUCAUUUGCUAGUAUAUGAAUAACAAUUCAAAAUGUAAAGAUAUUUUCAUCUUCUUUCAUAAACCAAAGCAGCAAGUGAUUACAAAUGCUCAACAGUCUCUUCAAUCUCUGUUAUUCUGAUAGCACUUAUAAGAACUUGAAUCUGAGUAAUGCGAUUUAACUAGAAUAUUACAUGAGGCAUGUCUUUGAUUUAACUGGUUUGAUAAAUCACUUAAGUGCAAGACCCUUCUUCCUGUUAACAUCCAAAUAAAACCUGAACAGCUCUGUCAGCAGCAAAUAUUCCCUUGUACCAGACUUUCAGAUCUUAUUCGAAUAGUGAUUUUUUUUCUUUCUCACAAUGCUAAUUUGUUUUUACCAAUAAACAUGAUAUA